AAGCCACAAAGAACAUUCUGGACACUCCAAAACACAAAUACCACCAACAAAACCACUCUACAUAUAAGCAAUUCUCUGUAAAUCGGCUCUCAACACUAAGAACAAAAAUGGCGGAUGGCAUAUUCGGGUACCCUUUUAGGCGAUUCUUUUUUAGCCCUCCAAUCUUCAGGGAAUGGUCGGGAUCAACGGGUAUGAUGGAUUGGCUUGAAUCACCAAAUGCCCACAUCUUCAAGAUCAACGUCCCAGGAUACAGCAAAGACGAGAUUAGGGUGCAGGUGGAAGAUGGGAACAUGUUGCACAUAACAGGAAAGGGGGUUGAGGAAUCCCAGCCCAAGGACACUGUUUGGCAUGUAGCUGAGAGGGGGACUGGGAAAGGAGAAUUUUCUCGGGAAAUGGAAUUGCCAGAAAAUGUGAAAGUGGACCAGAUCAGGGCUCAAGUUCGAAAUGGAGUACUGACAAUUGUGGUCCCAAAAGAUAUGUCUUCACAAGCGUCAAAAGUUCGAAAUAUUAACAUCACGAGCAAACUUUAGGGUCCAAAGAUUAGAGGAAAGUUUGGGAAUAAGUGAUCAGUGUUACGCACUUACGCGGCUUAUGCCCAUGGUACUAAAAUGCAUGUAAAUUUGAAUGGAAUUCACUUGUAAUAGUUUGGAAUAAUUUAGUAAAUCAUCAAUUUGGAU